UGCAGGCCGCAUGCGUCAGCGGCGUGACGUCAGUGUCGUGACGUUGGUUAGCGUUAGCAGCAUUAGCAGAAUAACGGUGAUGAUGCUUUGAGGAUUUGAUUUCGAGGAUUAAUCAAUGUGAUCAAGAGAUUAUUACCGUAGCUGUGUGUUUGUGUGUUGUUGUGUGAUGUCUGUGUCGAGUCCAUCAGAUCUGCUGAAUGAAAACACAUUUACUCUCGACCUGUGUUUGUCACAUGCUGAGUUAGGCCUGAAAGACACAAAUCACACAUCCAUCAACACCACCACCACCACCUCCGUCCAGCGGCUGAAAGGCAUCAUGGGAGGCCUGGACGACGAGCUUCAGGGAAACGAGAGCAACAGCAAGUGGAUGAAGGAGGGUCAGAACCAAAUAUGCAAGCAGCAGGACCAGAAUCUGAACCUGCUUCAAAACACAGAGGAGAUCAACCCUAACCAGAACUCCCAGCGGCGUCACGAAGAGAAGAACAAGGCUCUGAAAGCUCUCUGCUCGGAGCUCCAAAACUGGACCACAGAUGAUGAACCGCUCCUCAUUUACUCUUCUGACGCCCUGAAGGACAACGAUGAGGGACAGAAAGACGAUGAAACGGAAGAAGAUGAGAAUUCCCAUCCCAGUGUGAACGAGAACACGGACGUUCAGAGGAAAGGAGGUGAAGGUGGCGUCAAAAGUGCGUGUUUGUUGUUCGGUAAGAACGGCGCUCCCAGCGAUGAGGACUCCAGCUGUAUGUCUCUGUCGCAGGGAAGCACCGCCAGCAGCACACCGGAUGGAGAGCCGGAGUCGUACUGGGGUGGCAAUGCUUUCGAAUCGGACACGGAUCUGCCCUCCGGUUGGAUGCGGGUGCAGGACACUUCAGGCACCUACUACUGGCACAUUCCCACGGGAACAACGCAGUGGGAGCCGCCCGGGCCUGUGGAAGAGAGACCCACCAGCACGUCACCCGCAGAAACGCCCGCCGAUCAGCCGCAGAUGACAUGGGACGAUGUUUCACAUCCAAACAUAUUCAGUGAUGAAGAUCUCUGGCAGAAAGAUGACUUGUCUUGUGAUGACAGUCUGAAGGAGUUUGAGGGAGCGACUCUGCGUUACGCCUCCAUUAAUCUAAGUUGCUCUCAGUCUGAGGAGGAAGAGGAGGAGCGAACUCAUCUGGGCAGUCGUGAUGGAUCAAAGCAGUGUUUCGCCGUGCGUUCUCUGGGAUGGGUGGAGAUAUCAGAAGAGGAAAUGGCUCCUGGCAGGAGUAGUGUUGCUGUUAAUAACUGUAUCAGACAGCUGUCUUAUCAGAAACACAAUCUGGAUGACACGGCCGGCAUCUGGGGCGAGGGGAAGGAGAUGCUGCUGCUUCUGGAAAAUGAAACACUGAAUUUAAUGGAGCCUGACAGCCGAACGCUCCUGCACUCACAGCCAAUCGUCAGCAUUCGCGUUUGGGGCGUCGGCCGCGACGAUGGCAGGUCAGCACUUUUCAACAUUGACAGAUGCUCAGUGUCACAGGAUUUUGCGUAUGUGGCCCGAGACAAACUGACACAUGUGCUGAAGUGCCACGUGUUUCGCUGUGACACCCCUGCUAAGAACAUCGCCACCAGCAUGCACGACAUCUGCUCAAAGAUCAUGGCCCAAAGAAAAUCAGCCCCCAGAUUAAACACUGAUCCCUCCAGACUUAUGGACAUCCCCUUCCAGGAGUUUCCUGUGCCUAAGAAUGAACUCGUUCAGCGUUUCCAUGUGCGAUACUUGAACUGCGUGCGGGUGACAAAACCAGCUGGCAUGGAUGUUAUUAAUGUUGCGCUGGAGACGGCCCUCAACAGCAAAGACAAAGAGGAGUGGACACCCGUCACCGUGAACGUGGCAUCCGCUACACUCACUGUACUCAAUUCUGAGACAGAGGAAGUUCUUUCAGAGUGUCGUGUGCGUUUCCUGUCGUUUAUGGGUGUGGGGAAGGAUGUACACACGUUUGCAUUCAUCAUGGCGGAAGGACCCGGAGACUUUAUCUGUCACAUGUUCUGGUGUGAUCCGAAUGCAGCCAGUCUGAGCGAGGCCGUCCAGGCCGCGUGUAUGCUGAGGUAUCAGAAGUGUUUGGAUGCUCGUCCACCCAGCAGCGGUGUCGUCUCGUGUCUGCCAGGCCCACCCGCUGAUUCUGUGGCCCGCCGGGUCAAGAAAGGCGUUCAGAGUCUACUGGGCAGCUUCAAGAGAUCUGGAUCUCAAACGCCUUGAGAACAGGAGCAGUGCUCAUUACGUAUCUCUCCUUUCUGUCUUUAGUUUUUCAUGGAGGGUCUUUCACAACUCCUUCUGUCAUUAGCAUACAAGAAACACACAGAAGUGAAGUUAUCAUACGCACACACAUACACUACGAUUGAUUUCAAAUGCUUUUAUCUUCACGUAAGCAGAUGUGUUCACUGUGAACGUGAUUUGUGCACUACAUUGUAUGAAUUUGACUUACUGAGAUCAUAACUAAUAGUGUAGAUGAAUGUAGUAGAUGUUAUGUGGACUACACCUUUAAUGACGCUAAUAUUACGCAUGAACACUAAGAUGAGCUUGUGUACUAUGCAAUGUGCUUAUUUAUUAUUUGUUACUGUACGUCUGACUCUGAAUCAUGGUGUGUUACUUAAGAUUUCACUGUGUUUCAUCUUCAGUCUGGUUGAGAUGAUCCUCACUGCUGAACACCACAUACAGAUCCAACUCAUCCCACUUUAUAUACCGUGCUCAAGCAGAUAAACCGUCAUAUUUACAGGGUUUCUCUUAUUAAUAUAAGUCUAUGUUUGAUUAAUAAUAUAGUGGAGAUCGAGUCAUAAUGUAGUGUAAUGAUCACAGUUAGCUCAAGGAUCACGUACAGCCAGCUGGUUGUUAUCCCCCUGAAGGAGCUUAUUUGUGACAACAACCCCGAUUAUCCCACCUAUUACACGGCUAGUUGCUAUACGAGUAAAUAUAUAGACAGAACAUUUUUAUUUGAUAUCUUUUUUUAGCUCAUUCCUAAGAAAAGCAAAUGUAUGUCUUAAUGGCUCUAAGCAAAGAUGUGUUAAAACGAGUUCAAAGGCCAAACAAUAUAAACAUUGUUUAUUCAUUUGUAAAUAAGAUCUCACUGAUAAAUUAUGCAUAUUUAUACCGCAUUAAUUCAUAGGUAUUUAACUGGGCCUGUCAAGAUGACACAUAAUACUUGGAUACUUUCACUUCAAAACAUUAUAAAAAAACCUUACACUACUUUUUUGGAGUAAUAUUGUAGUAAAGUUUGUGUUCUGUCAAAAGAAUGAGUCGUAUAUAAGUUAAUGUGGAAAUGGUAGUGCAACAACACUAGUAUGACGUGUCUUGUGGUAAUACUGCCGACCAAUCAACUAAGAGUACAUAUUGAUCAGUCCCUGGAUGUCGAGUUCUGCUUCGAGGUGCUACUGCACUACUAUAAAUGAAUGUCUUAGAUAUUUAUACUGGAAAACCCCCCCAAAAAAUACAAAGAAUUCUCAUGCAGCGUUCACACCAACCACGAUUUUGACGAUUUGCGAGUAGAUUACAUACAUAGUCAAUGCAAAAACGCGUCCUCGCGUGGGGCGAUGCAAAUGACGGGAUAGGGGCGGCGCGUUUGCCGCGAAAACACGCGCUAUUCGCCUCAAACGCGUCUUUGCCCAAGUUGAAAAUAUUCAACUCGAUCGAAAAAUUUGCGUGACACAAAGUUAAAUCCCACAAGUAAUCUAGAGCGAGUAACUGUGGGUUCACACCAGAUGCGAGUUCAACGAUUUGCGCAAGUAGAUUACAUACAAAGUCAAUGCAAAGACGCGAUCAAACGUGUCCGCGCGUGUGGCGAUGCGAAUGACACGAUAUGGGUGGCGCGUAUGGUGCGAAAACACGCGCUAUUCGCCUGAUACGCAUCUUUGCCCAAGUUGAAAAUAUUCAACACGAUUGAGAAAUUGGCAUGACACGAAGUUAAAUCCCGCGAGUAAUCUAGAGCGAGUAACGUGAUGCCCCGCGUUUGUGUACGUAGCAUAACGCGAUGCUACGCGUUUGGUGUGUACGUAGCAUUACAUUAAGAUGAAUUAAGUUGAUAAGAAAAGUGGCUUAAGAUGUACAGUCUUGUUUGCUGAAAAAACUUUUGACAUUUUAAGAGGUCUAUGCUUAAAACAAAAAUAUCUGCCAGUUGGGUGAUAAAAAAAUGUAUUCCAGUUUAAACUUAAUUCAAUAAACUGAAUUUAAGUUUUUUUUUCUUAGCCCAUUGGCAGAUAUUUGUACUUGUUUUAAGCACAGUUGUUGUUUUUUUAGCCUGAAGCUCUUAAAUUUCAUAUUGUUUUCCAGUAAACAAGACACCUGCCCUGCCAAAAUUUUCACUGCCUCCAAUGAAAAAAUGUUUGUGUCACAUAUUUAAAAAUAAUAAUUCAAACGACAAAUAUAAUUGUAUACAUAAACAACAGUCAUUUUUCAAUGAAAAAAGGCUCCCAACUUUUCCCCGUUUUACCCAAGUAAAUGUCUGCUUCCAAGAUGUUAAACAAUAUACAUUGAUGAAAUUAUAUUUUAGUGACUAAGGGUGAAACACUGGCCUGAUCGGGCAAGUGACAAUACUUUUUACUGGCCCGAACAUCUCUCACGCUUGCCCCGGGCCAACCGGCAGUCCCUUAUGUUGAGCCCUGCCGUGUAAUAAUUCUUUAUAUUUUUGUUUGGUUUUCCAGUAUAAAUAUGUAAGAUAGACAUAAAUUUUGUGCAAUGUGGUUUAGUCUGAGAAACUCAACAUUCAGAUGAUAAUACUGACAUCAUAGCAAGGACUUUGAGAGGAAGUGUCAUUUUAUCUUCACAUGAGGAUCAGUGAGUUGUGCUUUUAACUGAAUGAGCGAUCAUAUUUACUUUCCAUUGAAUACAGGCUUAUGUUUUAUACAUUGACUCUGUAUAUGAAUGUAAUGUAUGUAGUAUUCAUUUCCAUUGCCCUGUUAUCUGUAUAAGAUUUGUGUUAUUUAGAUAUUCUAGUCUUCCAAAGCUCAUUACAGACUCAUUGUAAAUCACCAUUAAUAUUUGCAUUGAAGUUACCCUUUUCUCUUUAUGUUUGAGGUUUUUGGAUGUGCUGUCAUUCAUUGGUGGUGUAGCUGAACACAAAUAAUGUAACUAAACAUUGGUUUGUUCAAACUAUAUAUUAGCCUGUCCCAAACGCUGUCUUCCUUCAAGAAGCGUUGGUUUUGUCCACAUUUGCUGUGCACAACAGGGUUGGGGUUUCGCAGAAGUCCACUUAAAAGAGCAAACUAAAAUAAACAGGACAUGCACCAGUGUCAGAAGUGAAAGCCAUCCCAAGACCUCUGCAUUCAUUAUCACACUAAAGUUAUUGUCUUGCUGUCAGAUUGUAUACUGAAGCCACCAUCUGCUCCUACAGUAUAUAUUUAUGGGUGUGUUUUUAAAUGUUGAAAUAUCAUUUUUGUCUAUCUGUUGUAUAAUAUAAAAACCCAAUGUGUUUCUUUUCUUCUCAUGCACAGUGUAACAUACUGCCAUGUUUGUGUAUACUCAUAAAUAUUAUAAUGUAGUCGUGUACAUAUAAGACAACUCUUCAUUCUGUUCCGUCUGAGUUCAUGUUGUUAAAGGUUUUAAUCUCUUAUCUACAUGAUGUGUAGUUUUAGCUAACUCUCAUGUUAUGCUUAUGUGGUGCUGUUGGUAACACUAAAUAAACGUUUUAUUUAACAUUG